UUGAAGACCGGCUCGCGUGAUCAUUUGAGGUCAAGUCUACACAGCAUCACUAGAAACAUCUCUUUAAGACCGACGUUUCAAAAGCAGAGAGAAUCUGAAAAUAACACGCUACAACCAGCGACAGCGAGAAAAGCACCGAUUUCGAUAAGCGCAACAUUAACGUUAAAUCCAACAUGAACGGGCAGAUUAACGGUUUCCACAACUCCCUGAUUGAUGAAGACUGCUUUUUGUUCACGUCGGAGUCUGUCGGUGAAGGACACCCUGAUAAGAUUUGUGACCAGAUCAGUGACGCUGUGUUGGACGCCCACCUCAAACAGGAUCCUGAUGCCAAAGUAGCAUGUGAGACGGUUGCCAAGACUGGAAUGAUCUUACUGGCCGGUGAGAUCACCUCUCGUGCUGACGUGGACUAUCAGAAGGUUGUCAGGGACACCAUCAAGCACAUUGGAUACGAUGACUCUUCCAAAGGGUUUGACUACAAGACCUGCAAUGUGCUUGUGGCUCUUGAGCAGCAGUCACCUGAUAUUGCUCAGGGGGUUCACCUUGACCGCAGUGAGGAGGAUGUUGGAGCUGGAGACCAAGGAUUGAUGUUCGGUUAUGCCACUGAUGAGACCGAGGAGUGUAUGCCUCUCACUAUUGUCCUGGCCCACAAGCUGAACGCUAAAAUGGCCGAACUACGGCGCGACGGCACCCUGUCCUGGCUGCGACCUGAUUCCAAGACCCAGGUGACUGUGCAGUACAGACAGGACCGUGGGGCCAUGAUUCCAGUGCGUGUGCACACCAUUGUAGUGUCUGUUCAGCAUGAUGAAGGAGUGUGUCUGGAUGAGAUGCGUGAUGCUCUGAAGGAGAAGGUGGUGAAAGCUGUGGUGCCCAGCGUCUACCUGGACGAUGACACCGUCUAUCACCUGCAGCCCAGUGGACGCUUUGUCAUCGGAGGCCCACAGGGAGAUGCUGGUUUGACUGGCCGUAAGAUUAUCGUGGACACUUACGGAGGCUGGGGCGCUCAUGGAGGCGGUGCUUUCUCUGGGAAGGAUUACACUAAAGUUGACCGUUCAGCUGCCUAUGCAGCCCGCUGGGUGGCCAAGUCUCUGGUGAAGGCUGAUCUGUGCAAGCGUGUCCUGGUCCAGGUGUCUUACGCCAUUGGAGUGGCCCACCCCUUGUCCAUCUCCAUCUUCCACUAUGGAACCUCCCAGAGGAGUGAGAAGGAGCUACUGGAGAUCGUGAAGAAGAACUUUGACCUCCGCCCAGGCGUCAUUGUCAGAGAGCUGGACCUGAAGAAGCCCAUCUACCAGCGCACCGCAGCCUAUGGCCACUUUGGCCGUGAGUCCUUCCCCUGGGAAGUUCCCAAAAAGCUUAAAUGCUAAAUCUGUAACCCCCCCUCCUUUCCUUGGGCGGUAGGUGUACAUUACAGAGAAACCUACUCAACCCGUCGGAGGGGGGAGAUGUACCAAAACCCCUCACUCCUAACCUCACACCCGCUCCCAAAGGUAAUUCCCCUCCAGUGGCGUUCUCCCCAUACAUCUUUACCUUCAACCCUGUUCUUUGCUGUAUUGUUUUCGAGAUAUCUGUGGAUGGUGGCUGUGUGGUGUUUAUUUUAUUUUUUAUUUAACUUUUUUGGUUUUGUUUUGUUUGACUUUAUGCGCCCUCUUCUCUACCCAUCUUUCUUCAGCCCUUCCUUCCUUACCUACUUGCUUGAAAGAUCAAGUGACGGCACAAAUGGGGGUCAAAGGUUGUUCUGUGAUGCUAUGCAUUGCUGGCUGAAGCACUAACCCCUCGACUUUUUGUUUUACCAACUAAGAGAACCAAUGCUUACCAUUUUCCAGGUCCACCACUUUAUGCGUACCAUCGCGAAUGGGAUCCAAACCUCUCGUGAAAUGUCAAAAACCUGACUUUAGUUGGAUUCAGCAAGAAUGUGUUUAAGUUACAUAGUGCAGGGAUCGGAUUGCGAAGUUUUAAGAGACUUUUUACACGCGCGUACUGUCGCCACGGUUCUGUCCCGGUCGCCGCAGGCUGCGUUGUUUUUAUUUCUGACGUGUUACAGAGAAGUCAGAAGCUGCUACCAACUGUGGUGGUUCUGCGGGGCCGGCGACCCAACCGUUCCCCUUCGGUCUUGAUGGUGAUUCCAGAUGAAACCUCCUGGUAGCUGUUAUGUGAUGUUCUACUAGACCACGGCGGUGGCAAAGCACUCCCUCUCUGCGUGCGGCGACAGCGGGCGUAGCUACAGAGAAGCCCUGCUCCCUCACCAGCGCAGAGGGGCUGCCUCCGCCUCUUGAAUCGCUCCAUACUUGAAAACUCAACCUAAUAUUUGCUCGGUGAUCCUCUUGAGCCUCGGCGUCGGUACAGAAAAGCCUGGGAUCUCAAGGUGUGACUGCCUUUAUUACUUUUUGUACAUGAAAGGAAUCGUUUUUAAAGUCAAUGAAUACUUGUUUUCAUUUGCUUGAACACCGUAGUCGUGGUGUAUGUCCCGUGUGCCGGCUCUGUGGUCUUCCCUUGGUGUCCUACAGAAAGCUUUGGGCUCUUGCCACAGGCUGGCGCUGGUAACUGUGACCAUUGUUACUUUUACUUCCUUUUUUUUUUUUUUUUUUUUUAAAUGCGAGUGAAGGCAGGUAGAUGAGACUGUCCAUACGCACUCACGCACACGUUUUACGUUCAGGACUCCCGGCGCUCCGGCAGACAGAAGCGAGUCUGGUCGGUGUUGUACAGAGAAACCGGCUUCGUUUACAUGCUCUCUCUGUUUGGUGCGUUUGGGUUGCAGUCUUUUAUAUAAUGCUCAUCUUCUGUUUUUAUUUCGUACAAUAUAUUUUGUUUUAAUUCCAGAGAUUGGUGCAUCAGACUGGUUACUGAAAGAGUAGAAGUGCCUUUUUCUAUUGUUUCUUUUCCUUUUUCACUCCUCUUCCUCUUCUUGCCUUCCCCCUUUGUUCACCUGCUCUCCUUUCCCCUGAGUUUCCUCUCGUGAUACAUGUGAAUCCACAGCAAACUCCUGAAUUCCCUUCCUUUCAAUGCUCCGUGAUGGUUCUGUCCCCUAUAUCAGUGAAAUGAAUAAAAAUUCUGACCCUUAA